GCCAGAUGGGGAGGGCCUCCAAACCCCAGAUUAAACACAGUUGUUUUCAUUCACAAGCCUCAGGAGUACAAGGAGAGAGGACCUCUCUGGCCUCUUCCAUCCACGUGACUCCUAUUUCCCUCUGGGGAGGGGGAUAGUGUAGGGCGGGUCUGGAGAGUUGGGCUACAUCAUUCAGGCCUCUGCACCCCUCCUUUUAUGUCCUCCGGGAGGCAGAAGGCAGGAAAUGACAGCCAGGGAAGUGUUAGGAUUUUUACCAAAACAGCAUUUUGUGGCCCAAGCCACAUGCCGUCCACAGCUGUUUUCCUCUCUGAUACCAGCCAGGUGGCCCCCCUCCCUUGUGUCCCUUUUCAUCCCUUCACAUGCUCUAGCUUCUGGUUUCUCAGCUCCUGGCUGCUUUCCACAUUCCAGUCCCCUUGCAGAACCCAGGCAUCCUGGCCUCCAGCUGAAACCGAAGCGUGUGGCUUCCCCCACGCCUGGCCCUGUGACUCAGACCCUCUGAAGGGACCAGCCCUCUUCUUGGCACUCACCAGGAGAGGGGGGCAGGGGGAGGGGGGGCGAGGUAGUGACAUCACAGCUGAAGGGUAUAAAAGUUUCGAGGCAAAACAGAAUUGAAGUGGAAGACGCAAAACCUGACGGCGCAGCCUGUGCUCCCGGGGACCGCUGGGCCUGAAACCCACGGAGGUCUGGUGGCGAACUCCAAGGCCCCCACACUGACUCCAUGCUGGGCGUUCCCUGCUUUCUGUGGCUCCUGGCUGUCGCCUUCUCCUUGGUUCUCAGAGCGCAGCACUUGGCCCCUCAAGACUCAGAAGAAGAGGGAGAUGAGAUAACGCGGUCACCUUUGCCUGCUGUCCUCUGUGACUAUGACCGCUGCCGCCACCUGCAGGUCCCGUGCAAAGAGCUGCAGAGGGCGGGCCCGACCGCCUGCCUGUGCCCGGGGCUCUCCAGCCCAGCGCAGCCGCCCGCCCCACCGCGCCUGGGAGAAGUGCACGUGGUGGCAGAGGACGGCAGCGCGGUGGUGCACUGGUGUGCCCCCUCCUCCCCGGUCCACCAGUACUGGCUGCUGCUUUGGGAAGGCAGUGGGCCUCCCCAGAAGGGCCCCCUCCUCAACUCUACCUUCCGCCGAGCAGAGCUGAAGGGGCUGAAGCCCGGGGGCGCUUAUGUCGUUUGCGUGGUGGCCGCUAACGCGGCGGGUGUAAGCAGCGUGCCCGGGGAGGGUGGCGAAGGCCCUGAGGGUGCGGACCUCCCUGCCUUCGGGCCGUGCGGCCGGGUGGCCGUGCCCCUCCGGCCCCGCAGCCUGGUCCACGCGGCCGUAGGCGUGGGCGCAGCGCUGGCCCUGCUGAGCUGCGGCGCCCUGGUCUGGCACUUCUGCCUGCGCCAGCGCUGCGGCUGCCCUCGCCGCGCCCGCCCCGCCACCCCGCCCGCAGCGGGGCUCUGAAGCAGCCGGGGUGCCUCUGGGCCGCGCAGAGCUCCCACCCAGGAGCUCAGCCCGAGCUCCGGGAGGAGGUGCGGGCCGCUGCUGCCCCGAGCUCCGGGCGAGAGUUCACACGAGUCCUAGGCUGUCACCUGUGCUCCUGGCUGAAGUUGGAAAGGAGUAGAGAAACAGGGUGGGCAAAGCUUUUCUCAAAGGACAAGAUAGUGACCAGUUUCGGUUUUGCGGUUCCAGAGGAUAGAAUCGAAGACAUAUAGGUACUUAUAUGACCAGGUAGCCAUUUAUAAAAGUGUAAAAACCAUUCUUAGCCCAGGGACCUGACAGAUGAUGGCCGGGCCACAUUUGGCCGGUUGGCUGUAGUUAGCAACCCCCGCCGCACGCCCUAGAAGGGCUCUGCCAUGGUGGGUGGCUUGGGGCGGGGGUGGGGGUUGUGGAUGAGCUGCUGCAGGAGGGGAGUUUGGGGCCAGAGACCACUCCUCCUGCCUUUUGUCUAGACACUGAGAUUGCGCACACCUGUGUCUGAGGCCCGUGGGAAUAAACCACCAGCAUGGGGUGGAGAAGAGAGGACACCCCAAGCUGCUGUCUGGGUCAAGCUUGCCAGUUAAAAAAAAUGAUAAUAAUAAAACCAAGGGAUUUCCUCUUCCCCCACAAUUAGUCUUUACUGUGUACCCCCUGUGGCAGUAUUAGAUCAGAAACAAGAGGGAAACAUUUAACUUGUCACAAUCCUUUUCAACUCCCUGACCACACACCUAUUUUUCAUAGUACACACAAUUUUGAUUU